AUGGAUGUUAAUGAUGAUAAAAAAACAAUAAAGGAUAAUGGUAGUAAUGAUGAAACUAACUCUUAUAAUGACGAAGAUGGCAAUAAUAAUGCUGAUGCUGAAAGUGAAUACGGUAGUGAUGAGGAUGAUUAUAAGUGUGAUAAUGGUAAUAAAAACGAAGAAAAUAAUGAUGACGGCAAUGAUAUUACCAUGAUAGUAAUAAUAACAAUGAUGGUGCUGAGCGUGAUUAAAGAAGUGCCGAUGAUGAUAAGUAUGACAGUGGUAAUAAAAAUGGAUGAAAACGAUAUUCUUGUGAGGAUGGAAAAUGAUAGUAAAAAUGAUGCUGAUAAUAUUGAAAAUAAAUACAGUAAUGAUAAUGACUACGAUGAUGAUGAAAGUAGUAAUAUUAAUCAGGGUAAUCGUAGAGAUAUUGAUGGUGAUUGA